AUGGAUGACAGUUCUCCAGACCUGUCGCUGAAACUGCGGCGUGGGUCCAGCGACUCUCGCGAGUCGUUCUACAUGGACUUCGCCCAGGGUAUUGACUCCGAUAUUGAGGAAGUGACCACUAUCGAAAGGGUGAUCCCUGAACAUCCUGGAGGAAGGACUGAGGGCGACGCAGACACGCUGGCCACGCCGUCUGCUCUUGAAGAAAAUAAGGAAUUGGUGCCAUGUUGCUACUCCAUACCCUCCAACAACAUGUCAGGAGGUUCCCAUGUUUCCCGGGGGACCUUUGGCGGAGCGGAGUCCGAAAUAUCCGGAGGUAGCGCUCCUCCACUGCCGAGUCCCGCUUCGGCCGGCGCCGCGCUGGUGUCCCCGGAGACCUUGAGCCGGCACAGCAGCCCCCCGCCGCUGCCUGCACACCCAUCUCAUCAGCAGCCAGCGCCUUCCUGCUCAUCACACAGGGUUCAUAUGGAAUCUCCCCUCAGACUAUCCAGUCCCCCAUCGUUGUCCCUGGGAGGGUCACUGUCCCUCCAGCCAGUGUUGUACGGUUCAGGAGGACCGCCCCACCCACCGCUGCCACCAGCCAGACGCUCCUCAAGACCUUCAGCAUCACAGCCGAUACACACUAUCAGCGCGGGCGAUGCAUUAGCAACCACGCUGUCUGCUCUAUACGGGAAGCUGCUAGUGGUGAUGGGUGUCGCGUUUCCUAUGGCCGAAGUCAUCUCCACCUACAUUCCACCUUCGUUUUACGAGGGCUUCUACCUGUACCUGUACAUUGGCAGCAUGGUGUUCCUGCUCUACAUGUACGCGGCGCUGGCUCGGGACCGGUCGCGGUCGGCUGCUGACACCACUGUUGUUGCGAAAACCGACUCAAGUUCAUCCCCGUCGGAGUCGGACUCCUGUUCGUCCAGAACAGAGCGGAGCACUAUGACGGCCCAGCAGUUACCGCCCCACCUGGCUGCCAAGCGCUUGUCACUAGGUUUUGCGCUGACAACCAGAGUGCACCAUUAUGGCAGCUUCUACCUACGAAUGGGCGCAGUUGCCUUCGGCAUUGGAUCCAUGAUCUACUCCGGACUUGAGUUUGGACAGUACUGGGAGUUGGAGAGGAACACGAAUUGCCACAACGUUCUUCUAGCACUCACGCCUGCCACCAGGAUGGCCUUUAUCUUCAUACAAAUGUACUUCAUCUUUCUGAACAAUGAGAUGAAAGUGUACAAACACAAGAUAGUGGCUCGUUUCGGGCUGAUGCACAUGGUUGGCACCAACCUGAGUGUAUGGCUGAACGUACUGGUGCAGGAGACCAAGCACGAGAUCCUGACCUUCUACGACCCGGAGAACAAAACCAUCGGUCUGUCGCAUCGGCUAGCAUUCCAAAAAACCUUCGCGUCUUUUGGCACGGAAGUUCCAGCAUCACACCCUGCGGCGGCACAUUUACGCGUACCUCGUGGUCUAAAAGGACCUCAUCAUAUCUUCGAAUGUAGGCGGACGAACAUUAUGGGCUCCCUGGUGCAAGACGCUUCACCGUUCCUCUUCCCCUGCACUAUUGAAUACUCCCUCAUAUGCGCUGCCAUCUUAUAUGUCAUGUGGAAAAACAUAUCGAAAUACCCAUCAAAAGACGUUGCGGCGGCCAUAGCUAAAGCUAGGAUACUUGAAGGCUUGGCAUACAAGAAAUCGCCGCAUUUGUAUAGCGUUGAUUGCGCUAGAGCACAUAAGGGUUUAUUCUUUGGAAUCCUCGUACUAGUCCUCACAAUAAUAUCAUUAAUAUUGUUCUUCGUGUUAGUAUCUAAGAAAGAAUAUGCAUCUUUGGCUGUUGUGGAAGUGAAUGUUUGUGAAUUGGGAUUGUAUGCAAUGACUACGUUUGCCAGCUUGGCUGGAAUGGUGUGCGUCAGAAAUUUGAAGUACGAUGGCAACCGGAACCUUGAACUGGACAAUAUCCUUCUUGUGGGAGCUCAGACAGGAAUGUUCAUUUAUGGCACCUUUACCAUUAUUGGAGGUCAGUUUACUAUAGAAAAGAAUACUAUACUUAUUCUCAUAACAGCUUUGUCGUCUUUAAUUCAAACGACUUGUCAGACAAUGUUCAUUUUGGAUGCAAGCCGAAGGUCAGCGAAGACUCCCGAACAAUUGCGUAAGAAACCUGGAAGAGAAAUAGUAACGUUUCUUCUAGUCACAAAUUUGGCGAUGUGGGCUAUCAAUACUCUUGAAAAGUCACGAGCUGAGUCACAUCCAGUUCAGCUGCAUUUUUAUGGUCUUUGGGCGUGGACGAUUAUUACGCACGUUUCUAUGCCACUAGCUAUCUUUUACCGGUUUCAUUCUACUGUUUGUUUAUGUGAAAUCUGGAAGAGAGCUUAUAAGAUGAAGCCUGCAUACAUGUAGCGACCGGCCCGUAGGUACUAAGUGAAAUUUGUCGAUCAUGAACUAUGGUAUGAUGGAAUUUUGAAGUAGACCAGUGGCGUUGAUAGAUGUUAGUGCCAUAGAUUCAACUAUUCAGGUGUGCAUAAAAAUCUAUUAAGAUACGCAAUCAUAAAAUUUUGUGUUCUGUAAUUUGACAACAACGGGCAAGUUGUUAAUUAAAGAAACUAUUGUAAUAGAAUUUCAGUUAAAAAAUAUAAAUUAGUUUGUAGCUAUAUUUAUGUGGACUUUACCCAUUUAUAUCGUCUAUUGUAAUAACCGUUCCUUUAGCUGUAC